UCUAAUAUCCGAUUUUUCUCUCCUCCACCACCCAGCCGACCGCCCCCCUUCCCCGUUGCCGGCGUCGUCCAGCUGCCGUCUCCCCCCAACGCGCCUCCUGAAUGAGAGUGUUUUGUGGGAGUGUUUUGCUAUUUUUAGUUGACACAGGUAAAUUGCAAUUUGCCCCAUUUACAAACACCGAAUGAGCGAUUUUACUGUUGUUGAGUCGCGCUUUCGAAGGCGCCGAUCAUCCGCCGCAAAACCCUAUUCUGAACUUCCAUUGGACUGCAAUGGCGCACUCACGACCGCAUUUCCGGUGAUUUAAGAUCCAAAGCUAUUGAAGAACAAAAACCUGAAAUGAUUUUGCUUAGAACUAUCCGCAACCGCCAUUUCCGCGCGUUUCUGGACCUCCAAAGCCCCUCGAAUAGCCUCAAGAACCCUUUUUUAAUCUCCUUAAUUUCUUCAAAUUCCAUCGAGUUUUCUUUUCCGUUGUCAAUCCACCAGAGACCCUUUUCUCUUGCGGCGCAAUUUGCGAAGGAGUCUGACGAGGAAAAGAGUCAGAAGUGUGUAAAACCAUUGAGUGUUAUCUUUAAAGAAGCUGUUGGGCUUUCGGUCAGGACUGAGAAUGGUGCGGUUGAGGAUGAAGAUGCCAGUGAGAAUGCAGAAUUGAAGCAGAAAUUGAGAAAGUUAGAGGAAGAAAUGAGGAGGUUGAACAAGAAAAGUUGUGAAAUAGGAGAAACUUCGAAGUUGCAUACUGAAAAAGGCGACUUGGUUGAGCAAACUGGCGCUAAGCGGAGUUUGUGGGAGUUGUUUCAUCAUAAGGAGACGGAGGAAGUGAAAUUGCCGAAACGAACUGAUUAUGGGACUGAGGAUCCGAUGGUUCACAAAGAGCUUUCUUCUGAUAUGCAAAUGUUUACCCAGCAUUUGUACAUGGAAGGAUACUUAAAGGACGCCACUUUCCUGCCUAAGAAUAAGUUCGACGUAACUCAUUUUGAGCGCAGUUAUGCCCGUGACUUUUUGAAGUAUGCAGCCGUCAACUUUGGAAGAGAUCACCAGGAGAUUGCCAAAUGGUUGUCUGCUAGUGAUCUGAAAAGAAUAGCCCUUUUUGGAUGUCCAUCACUUGGGCAGAGGAGCAUUCAUGCGGCUAAACAUAUGCGCGCAUUCUUUGAAAUUGAGGAACAUAAGGUUUGCCAAACAUGCGUGCUGAAAGAUUCAUGCAAACAUGCAAAUAAGAAAUCUCGGAAAAAGUUGAACAAGUUACUUUUGGCUGAAGUGACCAGGGUUCUCAUUAUGUAUGCUAUGGAGUCGGUUCCUCAACAGUUGGUAGUGCCUGAAGAAAUUAGGAAUUCUGUUAGUCGCUUACUGAAAGAGAUGAUAAAUCUCAGUGAAACUGUCUCCUGAGGCUCCCCCCUGAACCUGAAAUGUGCACCAGCAUACGGGACUUGGAAAACAGGUUCUUACUUGCUGCAAUCUCAAAGCGGUGAAGUUCAAAUCAAACAAUGUGGUGAUGGAGAUGGAACAUAUGCAACAACAAACAGAAGUGGGAUGAAUGUCCAAACCUGAACAUAGCAUCAAUGGACCACAUUCCGCUGCUGGACCUGAGCUUCUUGACUGGGUGCCCUGGACCACUUCAGGAGAAUAAAUUCUUUGAUAACAAAAGUUGCUUUCAAAAAUUUUUGUUUGUUUUAGUGUUUAUUUGAGAUAAACUUUUUCUUUGAAUAUUUUGGAAAACAGAUUUUAUUAGGAAA